ACAGCGGGGUGAUGUCCGCCUCUGGUGGGAAUGAGACGGCCUUGCUCGGAAGUUUCGCCCGAAAGCAGGUGAAGUACGGUAGCACCUGCAAGUAUGUCUCACGCAGCAGCAAGACAAUUAAGCACGUCGUACAGCCGGGCGACACGCUGCAGGGCAUUGCGCUGCGCUACGGAGUCACGACAGAAGAGCUGAAGCGUGCUAACCGCCUCUGGACGAGUGACAGCUUAUUUUUGCGGACAUGGCUGGCAGUGCCUGUGGUAGAAACAGGGCCAGCAGUGGGUGGUGCCUCGGCCUCAGGAGGUGGAGACACCAACGGUGCGGACGGUGCAGGCCCUGAGAACUCACCUCUGCAGUCUGACGAGAGUUUCACCGAUUUCCUCGGCCGCAUUGACAAUUCCAUCGCCAAGUCUCGCAACCAGUUGAGACAACUUUCACACACAAGGUUUGAUGAUUGUGGUGUUGAGGAGCCUACAGCUGGUGUUGCAGCACGAGACUCAGCACCAGCACCUGUGGUGAUGACCCGGCAGGUGAAGCACUCACUCCAGAGGCACGAGCGAGACCAUGAGGAGAUCUUCCAGCUCUAGCAGUGCUCCCCUACUCAGCCAAGGACCUGUGUGUGUGUGCUCAUGUGUGUGUGAACCCUACUGCCCAAGAUGGCAGGUACUACUGCUCCUGUUUAUGUGAAAAAGCUGUCAAGGUAUGACAGUUUCUUUAUUAUUGACAUGUUGUGGCAGUGGCUGGCCCUUGCCAUUACCUCUGCCAAUGCCACUACUCCUGCAAUAGACGAGCACAUUGCAAUUUUUUUGCCUGUCUUGAAGGAAAGUAAUGACAUUACCUCACCAGAAAUGGCACGAGCCAACAUUGGAACAUCGGUGACUGGAAAUGUGAGUUUGCUGAAUGCCUGCAUGAAAUUAGAAAAGCUCCAAUUUGGAACACAAUGAUCUUUCACGGUACAGCUUUUGUCAAAGGAAACUAAGCCACUUUGUGCACAACUGCUGCUUGACACUUGGGUGUCCAGUUGGCCACGUGUUUCAUUGACACUACGCAAAGCUUUCAGACUAGCUGCUCACCCCAUGAGCUUCUAGAGUAUAGAGUUUUGCACAAUUGCGUGGUGGUGCAGCAAAAACACAGCUAUGAUCUUGCUGCCAGUAGUUUCAUUUGAUAGACGCUGUGCAUUUAUUCAUUGCUCACAAAAGACCUAUCUGCUUUUGUGGCAAGAGAUACUAGUACUACUAUGAAUAUUUUGCUGUAUAUUUUUCAAAGUUAUGUUGUUUAAAAAGAAUGUCAGUAUAAAUGAAACUUAGAGUAUUUACCAUGACCUAUCAAGUGCCAUUGCCCUCGACGUUGGUGCAUGGGCAUUUCUUGUUUGCAACAUGCAGUUGACUUCAUGAGAAUUGCAUAUCAUUAGACUUCUGCAAUGCCAAAUUGAUAAUUUUGGACUUCAUCAGUCUUCUUGCGAAACAUGUUUAAAAUGCUUUGCACCUUUUUUCCUGUGAUGUUUUGUCAUUAUACAUUAUUCAUGAGGCUAUGCAGCUUGUGUUGGUGUGUAUGGGAGUUUUCAGUGUUGGACAGUUUUGCAAGCAUACUUUGCAGGCCACCCUUUCAAAUAGCAUCUUUCUUGGCAUGCUCACCAAGGACAGGUAAAGUUGUAGUUUAAGACGAUAGGUAGAAAAAAGGGAAAGAGACGUGCUGUGAAAGAUUCAGGUGAUAUAGAGAAGUGUUAACAUCCUUUUUUUGUGACUGUAUGCCUUUCACUUUAACCCUUGCGUUACCUUGACUGCAUCAGCUGUUUUUCCUUAGAUGCAGCAAGCUGCUGGCAAGUUGUGCAAUAAGCUGCUUGGUUUUUAUUGAAUGUACUCUUCUUUGCGGGUGCUGUCACGUAACGCGAGCUAUCUGGGUAAAUGACAGUACACAGUCACUUUUGCUCUACUGUACAGAGUUUUUUUUUGUUAGAGCAGUGACAAAAUGGCCACUGAAGAUAUUUAUAUUAUCCCCAGUUUGCAUAACUGGUUUAAGUAGUUAGUCGCGAAAUAAUUGCGAGAUGUUUUAAUGACCUGCAGCAUCUGUUUUCAAGGAUUAGAUGAGCAUAUGCUUUUGUAUUAACUCCACUUUGUCUUGUGACUAUAACGUGUGGAUGCUUCAUCUAGCAACAUAUUCCAUAUUGCCUUGCUUACAUGAUGCGCUAGAUUUAGUAAAGAAUGUACACAGUGUAAAACCUUGCUGUGUCUGCAGCAGCACAUUCUGCUACAUAUGGAACAUGAGUUCAGCAAAGUCUUGAUGCUUGUAUGUUUUGGUGGAUGCAACUUAUAUCACUUAGAAUUUUCUCUAUUUUGCAGUUCUUCUAGUGCUCUAAGGUUAACAUUCUUGUUUUAGUAGUACACAGAGUAUCAGUUUCAUCUACUAAGUGCGUGUCGAGGUACAUAAAUGCUAUAAUUUUGAUUCUUCAUGUAGACUGUGGCUGCAAGACGACAUUUUUUUGUUUUUGUAGAAAAAUUGCAGUGCUUUAGGAGGGCAUUCAGGUGGUGCUCUAAUUUCUAAAGAACAUUCAUUGUGUUUAUGUUUGAGAUGAAGAGGAUUCAUCAUUGACAAAAUACCUGCUCUGAAGUGUUUAUUAUGCAUAGCAUCUGGCUCACAAAGCAUUUGAUGCACCUAGAAGGAAACAGUUUAUCUUGGAAGUGUAUAAAGCAUAUGUUAUCCUUGUGCAGAAUAGCUUGCUACAAGAAUGUAGGAGUGUUAAAUUCCGUUGUCCAUUUGAAAUGAUUUUUACUCUAAUGCACCUUGCGAUGUCAGGCAGCUGUCAUAAACCUCCGAGACAGAGGACCAUGGUUGGCCUUGGCAUCUCUGGAGCGCUUAAAGCAAGGAUGCAAGAAUAUACUUAAUAAACCUGCUGCAUUUUGAGCAGCUAAACAUACACUGACUGUAAAAUUUGUUCUCAAGCUGUGUCCAUAAUUACUGUGCUGAAUAUAGUUUGCCUCAUGUUACCUUGCAAAGGUUAAUGAUAGCAGCAAGGACAAACGUCCUGCUGUGCAAUGCCUGCUAAUGCAUCUCUGCAAGUUCACUUGCAACUUCCUUGCAUGGAGGACUAGGUAGGAUAGAAAAUCUUUCACAAAAACUUCCUUGCUGAAUAUGCACGCCAUGGAGAUUUGUCUUAAGCAUGUCUGGUAUUAGUGCAGUCCUUGGUGAAAGUUGUGAGUUCACAUACACUUAAACCAAUACUGACAUGAUUUUGAGGCACUGCAAAAGAGACAUUAGCAUGCAGUGUUAAUGCUUUCCACACACUGGAGCCAGGAAACACGUAUAAAAUAAUUUAGUUCUUAAAGUUUUUGUCACCCAGCAUUUGCAAGCCAGUUCCACUGCAAAGGACAGUAUCAUGACGAGUCUGCACAGUUUGCUGUUUAUGAACUCUGCGUCCUGUGUGGCCAAAAUCUCUGUCAAAGUCGCUGGACGACAAAUCACUGAUUGUUGUUUAAAUACAUCAUGUCCAACUGACAGCAGAUGACAGCACUGUUGCUAGUAUGUCACGAGUUUCUGUCCCCGUGUGACCUACUUCAGGUCCUGCUGACACGUCACUGUGAAACCAACCGUUCGACAUCAAAAGCAAAAGUGUUUUUUUUAAGGUAGUGGUAUUAAAAACAUACUGAAUGCACUGCAAGGCACCACAAUACUCUUUUUAGUGUUCUCGAUGCCAGUGCUUUUAUUUAGAGCAACAAUACGAAAAAUUCAUGUCAGUGCUCAUUUGAUGAAGAUCAGUUUAAUUUAAGUGUGGCAUUGCCGGAAUCACAAUAUUUGUACAGUCAUCUUCCUUAUGAAGAUGAAUGUACAAAUCAUAAUCUAUAAUUAUGAGCUGUCAUAAUCACUUUGUGAAAACAACUCGAGGAAAAUGUUACUGCAUACCUCUGGCUCAGCCACUUGUAAAUGUUGUUUCAUUGGACUAUUGGCAAAAAUUCUCUGCGCUAGCUUUGGUAGAGGAUCAUAAAAAAAAAGAAGCAUCACAGCAGUCUGAAUUCAAAGUGAUUUCAUUGUUUGUGAAGCUGUAAUGUCAAUGGUCUCAUGGCCUCCUUUUUGUUUCAAGUAAAACAUCUAAAAUUCAUACUUGGGCAUCUACCUGUUAUUAUUAGUUUUAUGUUGCAGUUGUUGCAAGUGCAACAUUAUAUAUACAUUGUUACUGAGCAACAAGGUCUCAUGUCAGUGUAUUCCAGUGUUAACCAAGGGGUUGUUAGUUUUAGGUAAGCUCUUUUGCCAGUAUGCGAGCUUGAGGCAGAAAUGCAACUGAGAGGUUGUGAUUUGGCUUCAUAAGAGGCAAUUAUUUUGCAACUCUUUGUUCUCUUGCUUUUAAAAAUAGGCUUAUCAUUUUUACUGAAAUUAGGUACUCCCAUGCAGCAUAAACUUCAGAUGCUGUUAGGGAAUAGUGCUGGCAAGCAAUAAUUCUUCUUUGUCAUAAUGAAAACACACAUUGACAUAUUUGUGAUAUAUUGCUGAUCAGUGCUAUGGAGGCCGCUUUGCAGUUCUUGCGGAAAUGGGGAGCUGUGGAUCAUGAUCGUGGUGUUUUUUUUUGUUAAGGAAUGUUUGGAAGUUUGUUGAUACUUUUCUAGGACUUCCCUGUUCAUGAACAUGUUUUGGAUGUUUGCAAUUGAAUUAUUUUAUCUAGUUGUGAAAGUAAGAGCUGUAAAUAAGCGAUAGUACCGAAGCAAUCAUUAUUUGAUGGCAAGUAAGUAUGUUCCUGUGCAGAAGUUUGACUACAUAUCUUAGAACAAGGCUAAUUAUAGUCCUCCUGUUAUUUGUCUGAAAGUGGCAGUGCUGAGAAUGUGUAUAUGGGAGCAGUACUGUUGUGCUGUGGAUUUUCUUAGCGUGCAAGACAACAGGCUGAAAAGGUUUAUCUUUGCAAGGUAGCAAGUGGACCAGAACACUGUUGGAAUCGUAUGUGUGAACCUUUAGUUAUAGUUUAUCUGUUAGAAAAGCACGAGAAAGCUUUGCCAUGGAACUGUGCAAGUUGCUGCUUAAGCAUGUUGUCAUAUGUGUAGAAGACUCUUUAUAAAGGCUGAUGAACAUGCCAAAGUUUAUAUUUUUUGUUGAGUGAUCAAUGCAAAAUAAAUCUAUAUGUGGCAGUU